AUGGUGGAACGAAUGAAUCGAACGAUAAACCGGUACCUGUCGAAGGUAGUCUCUGAUCACCAAAGAGACUGGGACCGCUUCCUUCAUCUGUUCCUGUUGGCGUACCGUUCUUCUAUUCACGAUACAACCGGACAGACACCCGCUAGCAUUGUUAUGGGACGUGAACUUCGUCUACCUUGUGACCUGAGGUUUGGUUGCCUACCAGGGGAAGAUAUUGCUGGAGAAGAUUAUGCCAGCAAUUUACGUAGAAAAAUGAGCGACAUUCAUAAUCGAGUUCGUUUAAACAUCCAGAGUGCCAGUGAUAGAAUG